AUGAACAUUACUUAUCUCGCCUUACCUCAUUGUGUUAUUCGACCAGCCUCUGCAUCGGAAAAGGAGCGCUUCCAUACUCCCGGGUAUGGAGCCCAAGUCCCGUUCAUUGGCCCCCAUAUGUCCGUUUUCUUAUCAGUCCCGAGCAACAUAACACGAUUAGUCUCACCAACCCGCAUGCGUCGUUCCACUCCCUGGCUUCAAUGCCGGCAUAGAUUUUUCUCUAGCAUGGAUGUGCUCCUCGGGUAUCGUCCUAACCUGGCCGCUUUUUCUGCCGUCAUUCUUGGAGCAUGCAAGCAUUCUGCUGCCGCUGCUACUAUCCGAUCGCUUAGCAUAUGUAUUUACGUGAAGGGGUCAUAA